AUGUCCCCCCCCGCCCAGCCCGGGGUGCCGGGCGGGCGCGGCUCUAAGGGACCCCCGGCGCGGAAGCUCCUCUGCAUGUGCAGCCUCUCCCUGUGCCUCACCUACCUGUGCUACAGCCUCAUGGGGGGCACCGGCCCGGCCGCUCUGCGCUCCCCCGCCGCGCUCCCUGGCUCGGCGGCCCCCGGGGCCCCGCGCUCCCCCACCGCCUUCCCCGUCACGGUGGCCCCGCGCUCCCCCGGCAGCCCCCCGGGCAGCCUCGGCGCCCCGGCCCCCUCAGCCGCUCCGCCGCGGGCCUCCAACGGCAGCCGGGAAGGGGCGGCGGACACCUGGCUGCGGACGCAGCUGGCCCCCGGGGAGGUGAUCACGGCGCAGAGCGGAGCCUUCGAGAGGGACCCGCAGGAGUCGAGCACCACGGACGAGGAGCUGAGCCGGGCCGGCAGCCCGGGCAGCCGCGGCGGCAGCAGCAGCACCACGCCGGACUACGGGGAGAAGCGGCUGCCGCAAGCCCUCAUCAUCGGGGUGAAGAAGGGGGGGACGCGGGCGCUGCUGGAGGCCAUCCGGGCGCACCCCGACGUGCGGGCCGUGGGCACCGAGCCCCACUUCUUCGACAGGAACUACGAGAAGGGGCUGGAGUGGUACAGGAACGUGAUGCCCAAGACGCUGGAGGGCCAGAUCACCAUGGAGAAGACCCCCAGCUACUUUGUGACCAACGAGGCCCCGCGGCGCAUCCACUCCAUGGCCAAGGACACCAAGCUGAUCGUGGUGGUGCGCAACCCCGUCACCCGCGCCAUCUCGGACUACACCCAGACCCUCUCCAAAAAGCCUGAGAUCCCCACCUUCGAGGUGCUGGCCUUCAAGAACCGGACCCUGGGGCUGAUUGAUGCCUCCUGGAGUGCUAUCCGCAUUGGGAUUUAUGCCCUGCACUUGGAAAACUGGCUCCAGUAUUUUCCCCUCUCCCAGAUCCUGUUUGUCAGUGGUGAGAGGCUCAUCACUGACCCAGCUGGGGAAAUGGCCAAGGUCCAGGACUUCUUAGGCCUCAAGAGGAUUGUGACAGAGAAGCAUUUUUAUUUUAAUAAAACAAAGGGGUUUCCCUGUCUAAAGAAGCCAGAGGACAGCAGUGCUCCCCGGUGUUUGGGCAAGUCCAAGGGUCGAACUCACCCCAAAAUAGACCCAGACGUCAUCCACAGACUGCGGAAGUUUUACAAACCCUUCAAUGUCAUGUUUUACCAAAUGACAGGCCAAGAUUUCCAGUGGGAGCAGGAAGAAAGUGAUAAGUAG